AUGACGAAGAAUCUGGUCCUUGAUCCCUCUCACGCCGAGGCGCCUACUCGCGACCACCAGAAUUAUCCCAGCAGCUUGCCAGAGGCGAAGGAGACCAAAGUCCACCCUACCAAUGCUGGAGGAGAGAAUGCAAGNGAAUGGGAAGGUGUCCGUAUCAUGACUGAUCCAAACUUCUUGCAUGCUGGAGAUCACGUACAUCUGGGACCUGGAGUGACGGGCACAAGACAGACGAACCCUGCACUUGAUCUCCACGAGCUUCCUCGCAUCGAUGCAGUACUGUUGUCCCACUACCAUGCAGAUCACUUUGAUGAGAAGGUUGAAGCCUCGCUUCGCCGCUCUUUGCCCAUCAUCACUACACCUCAUGCCAAAGACCAUCUGACCUCCAAGGGCGAUGACGAGUCCUUCAGCCGCGUUUUCGAUCUCGACUUCUUCCAGAGCAUGUAUGUCGAUAUUCGCACAACUGGAACCACGCAUGAAGUCACGAACAAAAAGGUGCCUGCUGUCAAGGUGACGGGUAUGCCUGGUAAACACGUACCUCAGGGCAUGCUGAGCAAGGCCAAUGACAUACUCGGCGCCGUUCCUCCCACCAACGGCUGGAUGCUGGAGUUGGGCUACAAAGAAGGCGAUGGCAGUUCCACUGACAGCUUCAAGAACGGAUACAGAAUCUACAUCUCGGGCGACACUCUCCUGGUCGACGAACUCAAAGAGAUCCCUGAACGCUACAAGGGUCAGAACAUCGACCUCAUGCUGAUACACUUGGGCGGCACCACGAUCCCUUCGCCGAAACUGCCAAUGUUGAUGGUGACCAUGGAUGCAAAACAAGGCAUUGAGCUCGUCAGAAUGAUUAACCCUGAUCUGACGAUCCCCAUCCAUUACGAUCCUCUGGAAGACUUCAAGAAGGAGAUGGAGAAGGCAGGGUUGACUGACAAGGUUGUGUAUCUUGAUCGCAAGGACCAGUACAGGUUUGCUGUUCAACACGGACAGUGA